AUGCCGGAAGCUAAAGGAGAAGCACGGUCCAACACCGAAUUAAUUGUGUCAAAGGAGUCUGGUACUGCUGGAAAAGAGAUCGUGGAAUUGGAGAAAGGGACGAAGGAGCAAGAAGUACAAGUAGUAGUAAAUGUUGGGGAGCUGGAGGGUUCAGCUAAAGCAGAAAAUGCAGCGGCAGCGGAAGCAGCAACGGCAGAGAAAAAAGCAGCAAAGAUCGAAAGGCUGAAGAGUGGGUUCAGGAUCUGCAAGCCCCAGGGGACGUUCCUUUGGCCAAACAUGGCCCGCAACAUCUGCAACAACACCGCCACCGGUAGCACUACUAGCCACAAUAUGGUGUCCCCUCGGGUUGUGGUCCAGGUUGAGGAUCUUUUAGUGGUCCCAACUCCACCUUCAGUCUCUUCCUCCACUGCCGUGGCUCCCCCUUUGCUCCCUUACUACCAUACCACCAACACUAACAACCACCACCAACCAACUUCUCCAGUGAAGCCUCUAGCCGAGAGACGUGCUGUGAAAGUCACGGUCUCCACAUUAUCUAAUGACCAUGGGGAUCACAGUGACUCCUCCACUGUGACAACCACCACCACUGCAAACAAGAAAACAACUCCUAUCAACCUAAAUGAUGUUCCUUAUAAUUCUGUCGAAGUAUUAUCUGGCCUCCCUUCAUCUUUACCACGUCCCGCUGCAACUUCUACUUUGAUGCCUCAGUUGCUACCCGAUGAAGGUAAAAAGGAGACAAGUAGACCUUGGGAAGUGAUGACUGGUGGGGUUGGCUGUGGUAAUAAUGCAGCAAGUGAAACAACGGGACAUCUCCAGAAGCAGCCAACCAAGUGCUGCUCUUCAUCAGCUUCAUGCUUGUCCCCCGAGAAGGCAAUGGGGAAUUGGCUAGCUCUGGCAACUGCUAACUCUGCCUCUGAUCAGUCCAGCCAGGGUUGAGCUGAAUUGGGUGAUUAGAAGU